CGCCGCCAUCGCUGUCGGGCGCGUCCCCGCCGCGCCCGGCGAAAAGAGUGCCGCUCCCGUUACCGAGGCAACCGCGGCGCCUCCUCCGCGCCGGCCCAGAUAGUCUCUCCGCGCCAUUUUCAAACUGUCCUGGAGCUAGAACCGGUGUCUGUGGCGGAAGGAGCCAGCAAGGGAGGCGAGGCGCGAGGAAGAAUGCGACCGCAGGCGGAGGGAGCAGCGGCCGGGGCUGCGAGAUUUUAAUUUUUGGAAAUGAAUAAAACUAGUUUGGAAGACAAGAUGACUACAGCUGCAGAAAGAAAAUAUAUUAAUAUUAGGAAAAGAUUGGAUCAGUUGGGAUACCGCCAGACUCUGACAGUGGAGUGUUUACCUUUGGUAGAAAAACUUUUCAGUGAUCUAGUUCAUACAACAGAAAGUCUUCGGAAAUCAAAAUUAUCUUCUGUGAAAGCUGAAAAAGAAAGUGCCAAUUCUGAUUUUGUAUUGGAACCUUAUAAACUUGAAAAUGCAAGAUUGAAUAAGGAAAAUAAUGAAUUAUACCUGGAAUUAAUGAAACUGAGGGAACAAUCAGGCCAACACAUUAAAGAGUUGAAAACCACAUUGAAAAAGUGUGCACGUGAAACAGCUGAUCUGAAAUUUCUAAAUAAUCAAUAUGUUCAUAAACUCAAACUUUUGGAGAAAGAGAGUAAAGCUAAGAAUGAAAAAAUUCAACAACUUCAAGAAAAGAAUUGGCAAGCUAUAGUACAAACCCCAGGUGGCAAGAAAAGAAGUAUUGCUUUCAGGCGCCAGCGUAUGCAAAUUGACGAACCAGUCCCUCCCUCUGAAGUCAGUUCUUAUCCAGUUCCUCAGCCAGAUGACCCUUACAUUGCAGACCUCCUGCAAGUGGCUGAUAACAGAAUUCAAGAACUUCAGCAAGAAGUCUACCAGUUACAAGAAAAGUCAGCAGUGAUGGAAAGUGGACUGAAAGAUUAUAACAAGCAGAUUGAACUAAGAGAACGAGAGAUAGAACGACUAUCGGUUGCAUUGGAUGAGGGUCGUUCCCCUGAUAUCCUUUCUCUGGAGACUAGAAAUAAAGCCAACGAAAAGCUUAUUGCUCAUUUAAAUAUUCAGGUUGACUUUCUUCAGCAAGCUAAUAAAGACCUGGAAAAGCAUAUACAAGAGCUUAUGGAAACCAAGGAAACAGUAACUACUGAAGUUGUUAAUUUAAGUAACAAAAAUGAAAAACUCUGCCAGGAAUUAACUGAAAUAGACCAGUUAGCACAGCAGUUGGAAAGACAUAAAGAAGAAGUGCUCGAGACUGCCGACAAAGAACUUGAGGAAGCAAAGAAAGAGAUUAAAAAAAAGCUAUCUGAAAUGCGGAAUCUUGAAGAAACAAUGGGAAAACUUCAACUGGAAUUAAACGUAUGUCAUAAAGAAAAGGAGAGGCUGAGUGAUGAACUCCUUAUAAAAUCAGACCUGGAAACUGUUGUUCAUCAGCUUGAACAAGAAAAGCAAAGACUUAACAAAAAAAUUGAAAGUUUUGCAGUUACAGAAAGAGAACUUACUUUGGAAGUUGAGAGGAUGAGGCUAGAACAUGGAAUAAAACGACAAGACAAGUCACCUUCCCGUUUAGAUACGUUUCUGAAAGGUAUAGAAGAUGAACGAGAUUUUUAUAAGAAAGAGCUAGAAAGACUCCAGCAUUUAAUACAGCGAAGAUCUUGCUCUCGAAGUCAUUCUACAUGUGUAAAAAUUCCAGUAUUUAAGACACUAGAAAAGGGUGAUUACAACUCAGAAAUUCAUCUGAUCACAAGAGAAAGAGAUGAACUUCAGCAUAUGCUAGAAAGAUUUGAAAAACAUAUGGAGGAUAUACAGUCCAAUGUUAAAUUAUUGACAGCAGAAAGAGAUAAACUAAGUGUCUUAUAUAAUGAAGCUCAGGAAGAAUUAUCUGCACUCAGACAAGAAUCUACCCAAACCACAGUCUCCCAUAAUACUGUUAGUCUUAUGGAAAAGGAAAAAGAACUUGCAUUAUCUGACUUAAGAAGGAUUAUGGCAGAAAAAGAAGCUUUAAAAGAAAAGUUAAAACAUCUCCAUGAAAUGAGUAUUUUUGGAAAAUCAGAAUUAGAGAAAACUGUUGAACAUUUGACAUGUGUUAAUCACCAGCUUGAAAACGAAAAAUGUGAAUUAAAGUCUAAAAUGUUAAAAAUGAAAGAAACAAUAGAGUCUUUAGAGAAAAAAGUAAAACUCCAAGCUCAAAAACUUAGCCAUGUGGCUGGUGACUCAUCUCAUCAGAAAACAGAGAUGAACUCACUUAGGCUAGUAAAUGAGCAGCUACAGCGGUCACUUGAGGACUAUCAGCACCAACUUUCCAUGAAAAGAAGUGAACUUGAAUCAGCACAAGCACAAGUUAAAAUACUGGAGGAAAAAAUAGAUAAACUACACUUCAAGAUGACUUCACAGAAUGAAGAGGCUCAUGUAAUGAAAAAGACCAUUGGUGUUAUUGACAAAGAAAAAGACAUUCUUCAGGAGACUGUAGAUGAGAAGACAGAAAAGAUUGCAAACUUGCAUGAAAACCUAGCUAAUAAAGAAAAAGCUAUUACUCAGAUGAAGAUAACAGUCUCAGAGUAUGAAUCUUCUAUGAACCACCUAAAGGAAACAUUGAUUAAUCGGGACCGUGAGAUAAGCAGCCUCCGGCGCCAGCUUGAUGCAGCUCACAAGGAACUUGAUGAAGUAGAAAGAUCUAAAGAAAUGUCUUUUAAGGAGAACAGAAGAUUACAGGAUGAUCUGGCUACAGUGGCAAGAGAAAACCAGCAAAUUUCACUGGAAUUAGAAGCAGCAGUGCAAGAAAAAGAAGAAAUGAAGAGUAGAGUUCAUAAUUACAUAACUGAAGUGUCACGAUGGGAGACCUUAAUGGCUGCUAAGGAAAGAGAAAAUCAAGAUUUGUUAGAUAGAUUUCAGAUGCUUCAUGACCGUGCUGAAGACUGGGAGGUCAAAGCCCAUCAAGCUGAGGGAGAAAGCAGCUCAGUUCGACUGGAACUUCUUUCUAUUGACACAGAGAGGAGACACCUUCGAGAAAGAGUGGAGCUACUAGAAAAAGAAAUUCAGGAGCACAUAAAUGCACAUCAUGCUUAUGAAUCUCAGAUCUCAUCCAUGGCAAAAGCCAUAUCUAGAUUAGAAGAAGAGCUGAGACACCAAGAAGAUGAGAAAGCAGCAGUAUUAAAUGAUAUGUCAUCUCUUAGAGAACUUUGCAUUAAGCUUGAUUCGGGCAAAGAUAUUAUGACCCAGCAAUUGAAUUCCAAAAACCUUGAAUUUGAGAGGGUUGCAGUGGAAUUAGAAAAUGUAAAAUCAGAAUCAGAGCUGUUAAAAAAACAACUGUCAAGUGAGAGACAUACGAUUAAAAACCUUGAAUCAUUGUUGGCUACAAAUAGAGAUAAAGAAUUUCAUUCCCAUUUAACUUCCCACGAGAAGGAUACAGAAAUCCAGCUACUUAAAGAGAAGUUAACCCUUUCAGAAAGCAAAUUAAAUAGUCAGAGCCGGGAAAACACUAUGCUUCGGGCUAAAAUGGCACAAUUACAAACAGAUCUUGAUGUUCUGAAAAGGCAGAGUUCAACUGAAAGAUAUGAACGAGAACGAGCAAUCCAAGAGAUGCGUCGGCACGGUCUUCGCACACCACCCCUUAGUUCUACUCUGAAGUCUCCUUUACCUUCUCCUGAACAUGUAAACUGAUUAUCAGAAAGAGCACAGGCUCCGGACGCGCAGGCUCAGAGGCCAUGGCUCAUGGGCCCAGCCGCUCCACGGCAUGUGGGAUCUUCCUGGACCAGGGCACGAACCCGUGUCCCCUGCAUCGUCAGGCGGACUCUCAACCACUGUGCCACCAGGGAAGCCCCAAUAUCCAGUUUUUUGCUUCUAAACCUGUGUGUUGUAAUUUAUCAGUCUUCUAGAAUAGUAUGUAAACACUGACCUGUUGUGGCAUAUUAGAUAGAAAACAGCUUUUUUCAGUGAAUUUUCAAAGUUGUAACUUUAAAGGAUUUAGAUAUAUACAGAUAUUAAUAAAAGAACAAAAGUACAAAAUAGAUUGUCAUACAAAAACUAAUCGUGUUUAAGCCAUACACAUUUGAAGAAAAUCCUGUUCUUAAUAGAUUUCAUUAUGAUCGAAAAAGAACUUAAAAACUAGCAUUGGAAAAUGGAAGACCAAUUAUUUAUGAUACAUUUUAUUUCCUCCUGUGGUUUAAUAAAGUGGAGUUUGUGUGUGAGUGUUUAUGUGUACCUGGGGGUGGGCAGUACUCUUUUUCUAAAACUAAUAUUCCUUAUAUGUUCUCAUUAUGCCCUUUGCAGUAAUUAAGUGUGUAUUUGGUGUGAUGUGGCUUACUUUUUCACCAUCUAUGUAAUUUUAUGUAUUCUGUCUCCUGUGUGUGAAUUCAUGUAUUACAGCAAAAUACAAUAGAAAUGGGACUAUUUACAAU